CUUUAAUCUUCACGUGCCACCCACACAAACCCCAGUGGUCCUAUAAUAUUUCUCUCUCGCUUUCUCCUCUGACCGAUAUCUGAAGGUUAGAUCUAACAAGUUCAAAUUUCUGUGGUUUAUGCAUUCUGAUUGGGAUAAUUGACGAAUCGAUACCAUUGAGUCUUACAGUUCAGGUCACUGAAAAAUGACUGAGCCUUCAAAGGUUAUACAUGUCCGAAAUGUGGGCCAUGAGAUUUCUGAGAAUGAUUUGCUUCAGCUCUUUCAGCCAUUUGGAGGUAUAACAAAGCUUGUGAUGCUAAGAGCUAAAAAUCAGGCCCUCCUUCAAAUGCAAGAUGUUCCCUCAGCUAUCAAUGCAUUGCAGUUUUACACGAAUGUACAACCUAGCAUAAGAGGGAGGAAUGUUUAUGUUCAGUUCUCCUCGCAUCAAGAGUUGACAACCAUGGAUCAAAACACGCAAAGCCGAGUGGAUGAGCCUAAUCGAAUUCUCUUAGUUACAAUACAUCACAUGCUAUACCCCAUAACUGUGGAAGUGCUGCAUCAAGUGUUUUCUCCUCAUGGAUUUGUAGAGAAGAUCGUCACUUUUCAGAAGUCUGCUGGGUUUCAAGCUUUGAUUCAAUAUCAAACAAACCAAAGUGCUGUUUCUGCUCGGAAUUCUCUUCAGGGGCGCAAUAUAUAUGAUGGAUGCUGUCAACUGGACAUUCAGUUUUCAAACCUAGACGAAUUGCAAGUGAACUAUAAUAAUGAAAAAUCAAGGGAUUUCACCAACCCAAAUUUACCAACAGAACAAAAGGGGAAAUCUUCUCAACACACUUAUGGGGAUAUUGGGGGUAUGUAUCCGUUAUCAUCAUCAGGUUCCAAUGCAGCUGGAUAUCAUCAGAUGGGGAAUGCUGCUGCUGUUGCAGCUGCCUUUCCCGGAGGCUUGCCUCCGGGAAUAAGUGGGACAAAUGAUAGAUGUACUAUUCUUGUUUCUAAUCUAAAUUCGGAUAGAGUAGAUGAGGACAAACUUUUUAACCUUUUCUCAAUAUAUGGAAACAUUGUGAGGAUCAAACUACUACGUAAUAAACCGGACCAUGCAUUGGUUCAGAUGGGUGAUGGUUUCCAAGCUGAAUUAGCCGUCCACUUUCUGAAGGGAGGAACACUGUUCGGAAAGCGGUUGGAGGUCAACUUCUCUAAGCACCCAAACAUUACAACCGGACCAGAAACACGCGACUAUUCUAACUCUAACCUCAACCGUUUCAACCGUAACGCAGCAAAGAACUACCGAUAUUGUUGCUCGCCAACCAAGAUGAUCCACCUAUCCACCUUGCCCCAGGACGUCACUGAGGAAGAGAUUGUGGACCACUUGGAGGAGCACGGCACCAUUGUCAACAGCAAGCUUUUUGAGAUGAACGGGAAGAAGCAGGCUCUCGUCCUUUUUGAAAACGAAGAGCAGGCCACUGAAGCCCUUGCGUGUAAGAAUGCCUCCUCACUCGCUGGAUCAACCAUUCGGAUUUCCUUCUCUCAAUUGCAGAACAUCUAAUUCAUUUAAGAAACAAGCAGUUUGUUGCAAACAAAAACUUAUUAGACACGUGAUUUUUACGUCCUGCUCAUUGUAUUUGAUAAUUCUUCCCUUGUAACACUAGUUUCUUGUCCUCAUAAGCUCAUAGGCCACUUGGUAACCUUUUUCUUCUGAGGUUCUGUUGGAACAAAAAACAAAAACACCUAUUGCUUGUGUUUUCUAAGAUUACUCUGAAGUCAAAUUUAAUUAUUACAUUCAAACUGGAACGUGAAAAACUUACUAGUAUUAAAUGGUAUGAGACAUCUGUCA